AUGGCGGCAUUUGGUAAAAAUUUAAAGCAUUCAAAGUUUAUUUUGGCAGAAAAUGACUUCAUACGACAUGAUUUACUCGAUUUAAGUAAAAGUGAAAUCGAGUAUUAUGCUAUGUUAGCUAAGACAGGUGUCUACCAUUACGCUGGUAAUAAUAUAGAAUUGGGUACUGUGGUUUUUGUUAGACCGAGAAACCUAAAACUUUUUACCAAAUUGAUUUAUGAAGAGAAUCAGGUUUUUGUUAGACUGAGAAACCUAAAACUUUUUACCAAAUUGAUUUAUGAAGAGAAUGUUUAUUUGUACGAAUAUACUUCAAGCUAUUUACAUUGUAUUUUCAACUUUAAUCAGGUUUUUGUUAGACUGAGAAACCUAAAACUUUUUACCAAAUUGAUUUAUGAAGAGAAGGUUUGGGAAAUAGGAAUAGUAUGUGAUUCUGAUAUUAAAAAUAUGCCAACAGAUACAACUGAAUCUAAAUCUGUAAUUGUAAUGUAA